AUGUCAGGAGUUGAGCUCGGUCUUGCCAUCUUUGCCACUUUUGAUCAGUGCUUCAAAAGUAUCUGGGGAAUUCUGGAUGAGGAACACCAGAACUUGCAGGAAAAUCUUCUCAAACUUCUGGAAAACAAGUUGCGUGAUGCUUCCCUGCAGAUCAGUAAAAUUGAAAAACACGGGGCCCAGAAUUACCAUGCUGCUAUGAGGAAGAGAAAGGCGGCAAAAUAUGCCUUGUUGGUAAAGGAUUCCCUCGACAAAGCAAUCAGCGAACUUGAGAAAUGGGAAAAGAAGUUUGACCCCACGUGGUAUCUAAUUCGGCGGAUGGCUGAGCGCAUCAUUGACACGGAAUCCGAUAGACACCCAGGAAUUGACAGGCUAUCCGUGGAAAAACAAGUUCAGAAUACAUUACAAUCAAAGCAAGAAACCUCCGUGUUUAUUUCACAGAGUAAGCUGGAGUCAGUUACGCGCUCUCAAAUUCCAUUUUCGGAUUCCCAAGUUGUCGAUACUGGCAAAGCGAAGUUCAUAUUGGAUUCUGCCGAUUGCACAUCCAUGGGGGAUGUCUCUAUGUUUAUCAAGCAUGUUCGACACUUAGCCCUGAAGCUAGGACCAGUUGAAGACAGAAAAUUCCACGUACUGAAAUGUGAGGGCGUUUUUCGCAUCAAAGAUCUGAGAACCAAGCAACUCAUGUCAUGCGAUUUCCUCUUUCGAUUUCCCAAAGGAUGCUCUGAGCCCCAAAGUCUUCGGUUUCACCUGAUUUCACAAGUCCCUUAUUCUCUGAAUGAAAGAAUCGAGCUUGCCAAACAGCUUGCCACGUCAGUUAGCUAUAUCCAUGUCCUGGAUAUAGUCCACAAAGAUAUUCGACCGGAGAAUACAUUGAUCUUUCGAGAGAAUGGACGGGAAUCGCACCUUGGACCACUAUUUCUGCUUGGAUUCAGGGCAUUUCGCAUGGCUGAUAGCAAGACACAACGGCUAGGUAGCUCCGUCUGGGUUGAAAAUAUCUAUCGACAUCCUGAUCGGCAGGGUGCUCAUCCUGGUGCGGACUAUGCCAUGCAGCAUGAUAUUUACAGUCUUGGUGUUUGCCUCCUUGAGAUCGGACUAUGGGAAUCUUUUGUGGAUAUAAAGGGUAAUGCACUCACCCGACUGGCGUCAGAAAAUCCGGACCUUUCAGCGUUGAUCGGAAAUGAGUCUCUCAAGGAUUACUAUGUCGCAUUAGCAAAAGAUCAACUAUCGAUUAGAAUGGGUGAAAGAUACGCGCAGGUUGUUUUCAACUGUUUAACCUGCCUGGAUGAGACAAACGAAGACUUCGGUGAUCAAACUGAGUUCGAGGAUAGUGAUGGAAUUUUGAUCGGGGUCAAAUAUAUUGAGAAAGUAUGUCUUCGAGAGUUCUAA